UGACGCUUUGGUCCUCAUGGUGUGUUGGAAAUUGCGGGAAAUCUGGCGUCAAUCUGGCGUCCUCAGAAGUGUUCUACUGCAGUGAUGAUAGAAGCGAGAUCGUGACGAGAGAGUACUUCUUGUAUUCAUGAUAUUUCGUUUUGUGCUUUGUGUUUCUCGGCUCACCGUGAAAACGAUCCUCCAUGCGUUUGCGCCAUUUCUUGACUUGUUGCUGUGUCAAAGAAUUCCUUGUCAUCUUCUCUGUAUUGACUCUGUUUCAUUCACAUGUGAUUGUGAUAUUGUCAUUGAUUCUUUCACAGGCAUUCAUCAUGCCUAAAUUCAAACACAAGCUCCCUUUCACAUCCCAUCCAGUUUCGACCAAGAUAAUGGUCUAGAAGGUUCCCACAACAACCCCUCCACAAGUCUACUUCAAGAAACAUUUUAGUCUGUACGUUGCGUUUCAAUCUGUGUACAAAACUUAUAUUGCGUUUACGAUUCUGCUUUUCUUUAUCGCCUCAAUCAAGUUUAUAGAGAAAAGGUGCAUUACCAUUACUGAUACAACUACCUAGUAGAAGUAGACCAUCCACAUCGAUGAGCAUGGUUGUUUGAUGAGUUUUACAACUACUUACCUUUUCCUUUGCACAUCAGUAUCUUCUUCUAUCCUAAGCGUGACCAUUCAUUCCUACCUCUUUCUUCACCUCCACAAAGACUAGGUAUUUUUUCUCUUUCUCCACUUAGACUAGGUAAACAUCAGAGCAAGCCGAAUGAUAAAAAAUGUCGACUCAACAACAACAGUUGGAAGAGCCGUUGAUAGCAGCUCGCGAUCCGACCGAGAUCACGACUUUCCGGGAGUUCUAUCCCUACUAUCUGACUGAGCACAGGAAACCGCUAACAAAAUUCCUGCAUUGCUGUGGAACAUGCUGCUCAUUGCCCUUCCUCCUCAGCGCAUGCUAUUAUUUGGUGUCUGUUAUGAAAUGAAUUUCAUCCUGUUGUGAGGCAUUUUAAGUAAGUGGAUGUAGAAUAUGUAGAAGUACGACAGUACUAAGAGCACUCUGUUCACUCGGAGUUUCUAUCUGGUUGAUAAUUUUCACUGCCUCAAUCCCCUCUGCCCCGAGUUUCUGUGAUCCACUCUCCUUCGCCACUAACAACCUUCCUCUAAUCUCCGUCUCGCAAUAUUCUUGUAUCUGGCGACGAUAGGGGCUUCGGGUGGACUCUCCGCUUUCUUGGCUCCGUCUACAGUGGAGAAUGACGACCUUAGCUUCCAUCUCGACUGCUUCACGGAUAUGUUAUGACAGCUCGAUGUGAUGAAAUGCUUGCGUUUUUCCUCUUUGAGUCUUCUUUUCAACCACUCUUUUUUGUGGUUCAUUUUUAACUACUUAUCAUGUUUUUUUGGAUAUGUAAAAUCUAGUUGGUGCCAUAAAGAGGGAGACUUCGUGAGUAGAGAAUAACGACCUUAGCUUCCAGCUCGAUGUGAUGAAAGUACAAUUACUUAAGUUUGAGGUCACCGUCUCGUCUUGCACUUCCAUGUUAACUUAUUUGAUCUCAAAUCUGAAUCCUUCUUCUGCUCUAAUCCUCUUCCUUCGCUGUCUUCUCGGCGCUGCUCUCGCGGGUUAUUCCUUUGCAUGGUGUGCUCACGUUUUUGUGGAAAAGAAUAAGCCUGUGACGUUGAAGAGUGCUAGGUGUGCAGCUUUCUCAUUGAUUGGCGAUUUUAGGAUGUGCUACGAAACCAUUGUACUAGGCAAACAUGAAUAUAGGUUUUGGAAGAAUGACGUUUGA